UUGCCCUUUCGAUAGAAAGUUAAAAAACUCCAAACAGUGGUAAAGUUAUUUUGCUUUAAUUUACUAACAAUGUCGAAUAUUAGAAAUGUAUCAACAACUUUUGAAAACACUUUCUCCAACAAAAGAUAUUUUAUAAAUAGUUUAGACUCGUAUCAUGGUGAACAAAUUUUGAAGAAAGUGUCGAAGAUAAUAGAGAAAACUGAACAGUCUACGGUCGUCUCGUCGGUGUCGGAUAUAGGGGAGCACUCGGAGAUAUUAAUCUCGCCAAAGCCAGUUGUGGAACCUUAUGAAAUCAUAGGCACUGUUAUUGAUCCUAAAAUAGCAACCAUCGACAAUGUAGCAGCAAUAGUACCUAUCAACGAAUGCUUGCCACAGAUGCUCACCUGUGGGACGGUGAUUUUAGAUAUAAGUCGUGAUACUCAACAAGUCAAACUUGCUUCGGAUUAUCUUAAACUUUUAAAAGACUUGCUUGAAAAGGAACUACAGGCGGAACAAGCUCAAAGCGUAGUGAACGACGCCGGCGACGUCCCGGAUUCCAAGAGGCGUUAUCUGAUAUUGUUAUCCACAGUAAUGACGUGGGCUCUUACGAAGCCAUUGGACCCGGACGCACCAGAGAUGCCUUUUGUGGAGACAGAUUUUCGCAAAAGAAAAGCGCAUCCAAAUUACAAACAGCAUUAUAACGUUGAAAAUGAGGUCAUCGGCAUUGCCAGAAAGUUCAAGUCGAAAAUUGGUGCUUUGGUGGUAGCUUCCGGGAUGACAUACGGUGGACGCGAAGAUGCUCUUUAUUAUUGGUUUCAAAAGGCUUGGGAAUGCGAACCCUUUUUACCUAUACUAGGCCGCGGUGCAAAUGUUAUUCCUAUUAUUAAUGUAUUGGACUUAGCAGAGAUUGUUUAUAAUCUUGUAACGAAUUUCCCAAAAAAGCUAUAUAUUUUGGCGGUCGAACAAAAUGUAACGAAACAGAGACAAAUUAUUAAACCAUUAGGACGAAUAGUCGGUUCUGGAAUGUUCAAAUGCAUACCGCCUGAAGAAGCCUUCUUGAUUCCUGAAAUAGAUCAAAGAAUGUACGAUCUGAUGAAUCUGAAUUUGAAUAUGGAACCGACUUUUAUCGUGGAGACUAUGGGCUUACAAUGGGUUUCAGAGUUGACCUUCUCUGAGAAUGUUCCCGCUCUUAUAAAGCAAUUUAAAAAGGAACGAGAAUUAAAAUCUUUCAAGAUUGUUAUAUACGGCCCUAUAAUGAUUGGUAAGAGUACAUUAUCGAGAUUAAUUUGCGAGAAUUACGGAUUGGUGUAUGUUUCUCCCGACACUAUUGUUAAUGACAUGAUGAAUGAUUUGGAAUUACGAAUAGAACAUUGGAAAGAAGGUGAAGCGUUCAAGUUGCCAGGAUUAGAAGAGGGCGACAACACAAUGGAUGAAGACGAAGAAGUAGAGGAUGAUGAGAACGAACGGGAAGCGGCGAGAGUAACACUCGGCCUCUUGCGCUCCGGUCGCACUCCGACUGAUGAUGAAAUCAUUGGAUACUUGAGACAAAAAUUAUUAAGUCACGAAGCACAAAACAAAGGAUGGGUGUUAGAUGGAUUUCCUUUAGCACAAAGCGCUACUCUUUUUGGGAGAGGCGAGGAACAGGACGAAGUACAAAGUGAAGAUGAAGAUCGAGAUAUGUUUGAGGAAGAUGUGGAUUUAUACGCAAAUGUUCUCAAGAAGUUAUUACCUGACAUAGUGGUGUCUUUAGAAGCGACGGAUGAAUUCGUCUGUGAGAAGGCAAUGCGCCAGCCUGAAGAUGAGUCUCGUGUGAACGAGGACACAGUACUGAAGCUACUCAGUGAGUUCAGGACGGCUGAGACCCCGGAAAUGUCUCCUCUUAACUUCUUCGACGAGUUGGAUAUACAUCCUCUAGUGGUUCCUGUGAACAAUCACAAUGACUACGCUAUGGAGGGCCCGUAUGCCGAGGUGUCGCUGCGAUUAGGACGACCGUGCCGUUAUGCAAAGUUAAUGGAGGUUAUCGAGAGAGCAGAAAAGAAAGAAAAAGCGGUAAAAGAAUUGAUGGAAGCCAAACAACGUAAAGCUUUGCAGGAACUGGAAAAGAAAAUUAAAGAAGAAAAAGAAGAGAAAAUGGAAUAUUGGUCGGAGUUAUACGGCUUGAUGCGUGAGGAGGAAGAAAUGGCGCUGGCGGCCGCGGGCGAGCCGAUGCGGAACUAUCUGGUGCAGUACAUCUUCCCCACACUGACUGCGGGACUUCUAGAAGUCGCCAAAUUACGACCCAAAGACCCCAUUGAUUUCCUUGCUGAAUAUUUGUUCAAACUUAACCCAACCGGGAAGAUGUUGGAGCCAGGAUAUAAUCUACAGGCAGAGAAAAUAUUAGGCAAAGUGAAAAUGCUAGACGAAGCUCUCAAAGACCUGGAUAUAGACAUAGAGGCUCUAAUACCACAAGAAGCGGAAGUCCCGGGCGAAGAAGUCGCUGCAUCGAAAAAGAAAAUAGAAGAAAUGAACGCGUUGUAGAUUUAUUAUUUGAAUGUAAGAUUUUUUUAGAUUAACAUUAGU